AAAACUUUCUCCAAAGUAAGAUGGACGAAGAGACUAUUGAAAAGUAUUGCCAAGCACUCGAUCUCUCAGUGUCACCAGACAACGACCUGAGAAAGCAGGCAGAGGCCUUUAUUAUUGAAGGGAUGGAAACUCCUGGGUUUAUAGCAGCCAUGCUGCACAUCUCGUCAAACCCAGAUCUUAAUCGCGACAGGAAGAUCGACAUCACCCAAGCAGCUGCGAUUCAGUUUAAGAAUAUUGUUGAGACCCAUUGGAAGUACAAAGAUGAUGAGUAUGCAAAGGAAAUGAGGGAAGAUGGGUAUAAGGUCAUCAUCAUUCCUGAUGAGACCAAGACUUAUGUCAAGGAAAAUAUUCUCACCGCCUACAUCAAUGUGCAUAGUGAAAAAGUGGCCAAACAGUUUGAUUUCAUUGUGAGAUGAAUUACUAAGCAUGACUUCCCAGAUAAGUGGCCAGAUCUGGCGAAUAAAGUCAAAGACUAUAUUGAAAGUGAUGAUUUGUACGGUAGUGAGAUGUUCGUAGGGCUUUAUACACUAAAAUCAAUUUGAAAAAGAUAUGAGUAUGAAUUUGAUGCCAAACGAGAGCCCUUGAAUGAGAUAGCAGAUAUACUGUUCCCCAGGCUCGAAGCGAUAACAACAUGAGUUGAAGGAGAUAACUCCGACCAAGGGUCCAGACUGAAAAAUUUAAUUGGACACUGAUUUUACAUCUCAAAUCAAAUUAGCUUGUGAAAAAGAUAUUUGGACCCUUCAAUGCUAGAUUUUAUUGUUAAAUUUAAUACGAGUGCACUCGAAGCUGAGAUUGAUAACAGCCUCACGCAGCCUACCGAGAGUAUUGAGGAGAUCGACCACCGUGCUGAAAGUUUCCAGUGGAAACUGAAGAUGACAGCCAUGAACUUUCUCUUUAGAAUCUUCCAGAAAUUUAGCAAUCCCCAGUAUGUAAACGAAACAAUGAAGCCAAUUGCCGAACACUGAAUUAAUAACUAUGCCGAAGGAAUCAUCAAUCUGGCAAACACUCUUAUAGCAAAGGCAAAAUAGCAUUUAUAUUGACAGACAAGUGUUGAGCUACUGCUUCAAAGUUGUUUCAACAUCUAUCAAUCAGACUUCAUACAGAGAAAUGAUCAAGCCACUUAUUCCUGAGAUUCUCACCUCUCACUGAGUUCCAGCAAUGCUUCUGACAGAGAAGGACACAGAAGACUUUGAAGCUGAUCCUGUUGAGUUCAUUAGGAAAGCAAGGGACCCCAAUCCAAAUAUCUACACAGCAAGGAACUCAGUUCUGGAGAUGAUUAGGAACGUAACUCAGCACAAGAGUAACCAAGAUAAAGGCGCAUUGCCAGACUUCCUAGAGUCCUUCUUUGGCUUUCUGCUUGAAAACCUUAGUGAAUGCAUCAAGCAGGAUGCUCCUGAUUUUAGAAUAAAAGACGCUUUGUUGCUAUGCCUUGGUCAAAUCGCUCCGACACUUUUGAUGUACGACCAGUUCCACGACCAGCUCAACCAAGUGCUCACUGGAGCAGUUUUCCAGGAUCUCACUUCUGAGAAUGAGCUCGUGAAAUACAGAGCCCUGUGGGUCUAUGGACAAUGUUCUCGAGUUCCAAUGGAGGACGACCACAGACUUGAAGUCGGAAAGCUGCUUUUCCAGUUAAUGAACGAUGAAAAUACUGCUGUUAAGAUCACAGCAUCCACUAGUCUGUAUAAGAACUUGAGGAACAACUCAAUGAAGGAGGCCUUUAAAUCUGAGUUGGCAAGCAUCCUAGAAGCAUAUCUUGGCCUGAUGGACACUAUCGACAAUGAAGAGCUUAUAGCAGGGUUAGAAGAAGUAGUCAGCCUUUAUGAGGAUUGCAUUGGACCGUAUGCAAUCGAGCUCUGCUCGAAAAUAGUAGAGAAUUUUAAUUAAAAUCACCGGAAAAGAGCAAGAGGAGGAAGAGUAUGGGACUAUGGGUAUGGCAACCAGCGGGCUUGUAGUCACCAUCAGAAGUAUCAUCAACAGUUGCAAGGGUGAUCCUGAGACACUUCUCAAACUUGAGCCUGUGAUCUUUCCUGUAGUAGUCAGAAGCCUUUCUGCAGAUGGGUGAGAGUAUCUGGACGAGGCAAUGGACUGUAUCACUGCCAUUCUAAACUUCACCCAAUCGGCCACAGAGAGAAUGUGGGCAUUGUUUCCUCACCUCAUAAAAAUAAUUGUUGGUGGUCCUGAAGAUGAAGAAGGGGGCUAUGCCUUUGAUUAUUUUACAUCAAUGGAGGAUUACUUUAGAAGCUUAAUUAAGUAUGGACACGAUGGCAUGCUAACUAAAAAGAUAGGAAAUGAUCCAGUAAUGAUAUUGCUGAUAAAAGGUAUUAUAAAGAUUCUCCAAUUAGUCAAAGAAGGAGAUGUCAAUACCAACGCCUACAUCUGCAUUGUCAUAGUAGAAACUUUGCUACUUGAAUUUCCUGGAAAACUGGACCAGCUCCUUCCGACAUUCAUUAAGAUUCUAUGCACAGAGUUGAGCAACAAGGAGAUCACCAAAGAGUUUCGCCUCCAUGCUCUGACUCUGGUGGCUCAUUGCUUCAUCUACAACUGAACUCUAACGUUGGGGGCUCUGACUGAUCUUAAGGUUUUGGUCCCAGUUUGCCAGAACUUCUUCAGCUACCUGAAAAAGUUUAGUGAAGUUGAGCAUUUAAGAGGACUAAUAUACGGAAUAACAGCAUUGCUCAGAAUGGAUGAGAUGCCUGAUGUAAUCAAAGGAAGCAUCCAGAAGAUAAUUGAGUCUCUAAUAGACUUGAUGAGAAAGUACACCAGAGAGCGCAUCCUUGAGCUCAGGAGCAAGUUUGAGGACAAAAGAAACCGAUGGGACGAAGGCACAGAUGAAUACAAUAACCUUGAUGCACCCUUCCAGAAACUUUCAGAAUGGAUGGAAGAAUACAAAGAUGAUGCUUACAGCGAGGACGAUGAUGAUGACGAUAACUUCGAAGAAGACGACUACUUAUGGUCACGAUCUGAUUCAUGCUACUACAAGUCAUGUUUGGAAGAUAAAGAAGCUCCUCUUUUCUUCAAAGAAACUUUGGAGGACUUUAGAGAAAAUAAAGAAGAAGUCUAUCGAGGAAUCAUUGAACUCAUCCCUGAGGACAGCCAGAAAUUAUUAGAAAUGAUCAUGGAGAGAUGAGAGUACAUGCAGUCUCUCCAAAGCUAG